CGCUCUCGCCGGAAGUCCCGCGGGAAGUCUCGCGAGAGGCGGCGGGCGGGCGGCGGUGGCGCUGCGUGCAGCUCCGGAGGGUCGCCUCAGCCGCUCGGCUCCCCGCAGCGCCUGGGCCCUGCCGCUCGUUCGCUCCCUCCCCCGCGCCUCCCCCCGCCCCCGCAGCCGCCACCGCCGCCAUGUCCCGCUACCUGCGUCCCCCUAACACCUCGCUCUUCGUGCGGAACGUGGCCGACGACACCCGGUCUGAAGACUUGCGCCGUGAAUUUGGUCGUUAUGGGCCUAUAGUUGAUGUAUACGUUCCACUUGACUUCUACACUCGUCGUCCCAGAGGAUUUGCUUAUGUUCAAUAUCCUUUCUUCAGAUGGCUGAUUAGUGAGGGGUGUUGAAGUUUGAAAUUCAAGUUUGUGUAAGAGAAUGUAAAGCUGUACAGUAAUGGCGACCCCAAAGAGAAAGCAUGAAAGAACCUUUAGAGUAGAGUUCAACAAUUAAGGCAAGUAGACAAGCCAAAGACCUCUUAAGGAUCAGGCUUGAAGAGAAGGGAGAGUUUGGGAAAAGAAAAAAUAAAGAAAAGCUGGAAGAAGGACAAGCCAUAAUGGGAGACAAAGCUUCGCUUUAUCUACAAAAGGGGGAAAAGGUUGUUUUUCAAAGUAAAAGAUAAAGCCAUCUGUCAUUUUUGGCCAAGCAUCUCAUGACAAGUCCUUCUGACAAGCACUUAAAGAGUUAAAGGUCAAGAUGAAGUUGAAUGGUGGCCAAGAUUAAAGGAGUCAUACCUGAUGUAUCCUACAGAAUAACAGUUUUUCUUCUGUUUGUCAUUACCUUAACACUCACCACAUUUGAAGAUGUCCGUGAUGCAGAAGAUGCUCUCCAUAAUUUGGAUCGAAAGUGGAUUUGUGGUCGGCAAAUAGAAAUCCAGUUUGCGCAGGGGGAUCGGAAGACACCAAAUCAAAUGAAAGCCAAGGAAGGGAGAAACCUAUACAGUUCUUCUCGUUACGAUGACUAUGACAGAUAUAGGCGAUCUAGAAGUCGGAGUUACGAAAGGAGACGGUCUAGAAGUCGUUCUUUUGAUUACAGCUAUAGAAGAUCGUAUAGUCCCAGAAACAGUAGACCUACUGGAAGACCUCGUCGUAGCAGAAGCCAUUCGGACAAUGAUAGGUUCAAACACCGCAAUCGAUCUUUUUCAAGAUCUAAGUCCAAUUCAAGAUCACGAUCCAAGUCACAGCCCAAGAAAGAAAUGAAGGCUAAAUCACGGUCUAGGUCUGCAUCUCACACCAAAUCUAGAGGCACCUCUAAAACAGAUUCUAAAACACACUAUAAGUCCAGCUCAAGAUAUGAAAAGGAGUCGAGAAAAAAAGAACCAGCUAGAUCCAAAUCACAGUCAAGAUCACAUUCUAGAUCUAGGUCAAAAUCCAGAUCAAGGUCAUGGACUAGUCCCAAGUCCAGUGGCCACUAACAGUGUAUCCAUGUUGUUUUUAGGCAUGUAAGAUUCAUUUACACACAGUUCAGUUUACUUAAAUUAUCAGGAAUAUGAUGUUGCAACAGUGCUAAAAAAUAUUUUCUUUGUCAGUUUUCCCUGUAGCCGACAAUGGUUAAAAUUAAAACAGUGUUGAGAAGCCACUGAGAGAGAGCGAGAGAGAGAGAGUGUCCAUUUGGUUAAAUGUCAUGGGCAGCUACUGAUUUGGUUGUGGUGUCUCUAUGUAUAUUUUUGUAAAGAGUUGCAUUUUUAAUGCUUAGAUAUUGGUGAUGACUUGAUUGAUCGUAACUUGCAACAUUGUCCUAUUAAAAAUGUCAUACCCGUAGAGAAAUUGGUACCAGUUUGUGCUGAACAGUUAAACCAACUGUUUAACUUGUUCUUUAAUGCUAAACUUUGUGAUAUAAACAGAGAACUGGACAGCUGUAGUGCAACACUGACUGCUGUGAAAUGCAGACUGGCAAUUUUAUGUUUCCAUUGUUCAAAGGCAGGCUUCUGUGUUCUCCAUGCCCACUGACACAAGUAGGUUGGUAACUGGAGCUCUUUGGAGAGAUAUAUUUGAGAUUUCUCUUUAACCCUGCCAUCUGGAGAGAUGGUACUAACAUUGCAUGUACUACAUGGGGAGAGAGUUGGUCUUGGAAGCUCAUUCAGAGAUUGUGCAGUGUCGGGACUUGUCAGGAUAGAGGCUUCACUGCUUUUGACCUGGCUGUUAGUACUAAAUGCGUGAGGGGGG